AUGACAAGUACUUAUAAUUUUUUUUGGGACCUGGCUUCUUUAGACUCGUUAAAACAUAAGAAAAGUUUUAUAAAAGUAACAGAAAUUUUAGAAAAAAAAUAUGGAUCAGAUGUUGCGUAUUCACUUGUCCGUUUAACAAGAGGAUUGGCAAGUCCACGAGCUGGUGCUAGACAUGGAUUUGCAUUAGCUUUAACUGAGCUCCUUGCAAGUUUAGAUUCUUUGGAAUACCAAGAAAUUGCAGAUGGAUCAGAUGUAAUAUAUGGUCGUAUUUUUGGCUACAUGUCAAUCAUUCGAUCAGGUUUGAUCUGGAGAAAAUAUUCAGAUAGUAAAGAUUACUUUGAAGUGAUUGAUGGGCUAAUUACUUGUUCAAAAAGUAAGCCUUACGUCAAGGAGACUUGUUAUCAUAUUAUUAUUUCUACUAUUCCACACUUAAAAAAAUCUACUAAAUUUGAGAACGAAGCUUUAGAACAUCUUUUGAUAGUCUUACAAAAUCAAUGCAUUCAUGGAAUUAACAAUCCAGAUGGUCUUAAUCUAGCACUUUCAAUAGAAAUCAAUUAUCCAGAAGUCGUAGAUAAUGAUAAAUGGAAGAAAAUUAUAUUACAUGAAUGUAAAAAAUGUGAAGGUGGGUGGUCAAAGCCUCAAAUACUUCAUAUUAAAAAUAUAGAAAAAUUAUCAACUGCUCUACAGGCAAAAUCUAUCAAAGAUCCAACGAAUAACAUUCAUCAAAAUCAAGAAAACAAAUUUCAUUCAGUUUGGGAAACUGUUUUUCAAUAUCUAAUUUCGCAAUCUCAAUCACCAUUAUUAGAGUCAAGUAAAUCCAAAUCUAUGAAUAAAUUCAUAACAUUAGAAACAUCAUCACUUUUCUCACAUAAUCUCAUGAGAUCUUUAAUUAAUAAUGUAUCUGAUCAUGAUCGUUAUUUACACGAAGCUGCUAUUCAUGCUUUGGACGUUAUUAAGAGCGUGGCAAUAGAAGAUAAGCGAAAGGCUGUAGUGAUAUUGUGUCAAUUAUUUAAAAGUACAAAUUAUAACGAUUUUGAUAAAAUAACAAAAACACAAAUAGUCAAGAAUAUUUUUAUGGAAAUGGAUGAUAAAACACUUGAGAAUUACGUUGAAUAUUUGAAAAAAUUGUUCUUACGUCCUAUUAUCAAGAAAUCCUUGAGUGGCGAAGAUGAUGAUACUAAUGUUGGUGAUAUCGGAAGAUAUCGACAAUGGUGUAUAAAUCAUCUAUACACACUUUUAAAAGAUCCAAGAGUGAAACAUUAUCAAUAUGAAAUACCUAAUCCUGAAUUGACAGAAGAGAUUCAAGAAAUUUGUCGUACGCGAUUUUAUAAUGCCUUGAGUGAAUUGAGUACUCCUCGACAAUCAAAGAAUGUGAAUCAUCAGAAAAGAAAAAGAAAAUCAUCUUUAAAUAAUAAUGAUGUUAUUAUUAUGGAUGACGAUGAGAAAAAAUGGGUAAAUUAUGCUGUUUGUCUUAUGAAAAAAUUGGAUAAUAAUACUCAAGUAGAGCCCUUGAUUAUUUUAAAUGAGGAGGGUAAAUCGAUUAAAGAAUUGGUAAUUUCUCUGCUAGACAAAAUUACUCUAAAAUUGAAAAAAUUAAAAUGUGAAGAACAAACCAAAAAAAACAUUGAAGCUACUAAAAAACUUGAAGGUUUCUCAUGGUUAUUUUCAUUUGGCACAUUGACUCUAUAUAAUGAGCCAGAAAAAGAAGAUGAAGGUGAAGAUGAGAAAUCACAUAACCCUGUCGAUGUUAUAAUAGAUUUACUACUCGGAUUUCUUGCUAAACCAUCUGCAUUUUUACAUAAUAUGGCAACACAUGCUUUUAGAAUUUUUUGUGGUGAUAUUACUAAAUCAUCCUUAGAUCUAAUAUUAGACAGUGAGUCUGAUACCGAAAAUGAUGAUGAAAGCGAUGACGACCAAGAUGAGAAAAUGGAAAGGUUUGAUGAGAAAUUGUCUGAAAUUUUUAAAACAAAAAAGAAAGAACUAGCAAAGAAAAUUGAGGCAAAGGCUCAAAAACUUCACUUUAAACAUAAAAUAAUUGGAUUAUUAAAAAUUUUUGUUCAAGAACAAUCAAAAAAUCCACUUAUUUUCGAAUUGUUUGUUCCGUUAUUGGAAUUCACCAGGAAUGCCAAAACCAAUGAAAUUUCAAAAAGUGUGUACAUUUUCUUGAAAACAAGAGUUGUCGUCAUCAAAGAUGGGCCAACAGCCGAGCUUGUCGAUGAUGAUCGAUUACUUGAAAUAAUGCAACAAGUUCAAGAGAUUGCGCAUAAAUCAAAUGAAUUGAAUGAAACAUUGAAAAAAGCAAUGGAGAUUUACGAAUCGUCAUAUGAAAGAUUCAAAACAACAAAAUCAAGUUCUUUAACCAUUGGUAUGUUUUUACAAUUACCUGGUCAAUUUCCUCAAUUUCCAUGGAAUUUUACCAAAGAAAAAAAAUCAUCAUCUGCUAAAGUAAUAAAAUAA